GGUAAGAAGCGGAUUGUUGCCGAGGACGCGUUCAGCCUGUCAGAGAUAACGCCGCUCAGCCUGCUCUUACCUGGAGUUUCACUACCAUGGACUUAACCGAGGAUAGCGCUGUGGAAAUUAUCCUGUGCUGACCCACUUCUUCACGUUUCCUUCUCUGCCUAUCUUUGACGCCUUCAUUUCUGGCAGGCACAGUGAACCCUGAGGAACCAUGUCGGACAAGAUGUCCAGUUUCCUCCAUAUUGGGGACGUUUGUUCCCUUUAUGCAGAGGGCUCCACCAGUGGAUUUAUCAGCACUUUAGGGCUUGUGGAUGACCGCUGUGUGGUACAACCAGACACGGGAGACCUCAACAACCCACCCAAGAAAUUCAGAGACUGCCUUUUCAAACUAUGUCCGAUGAACAGAUACUCGGCACAGAAACAGUUCUGGAAGGCAGCAAAGCCUGGAGGCAACAGUACCACUGACACACUCCUCCUCACCAAACUCCAUCAUGCUGCUGACCUGGAGAAGAAGCAGAAUGAGUCUGAAAAUCGCAAGCUGCUGGGAACAGUCAUCCAGUAUGGAAAUGUCAUUCAGUUGCUGCACUUGAAAAGCAAUAAAUACCUGACGGUGAACAAGCGCCUACCUGCACUGUUGGAGAAGAAUGCCAUGAGAGUGACUCUGGACUCGGCGGGGAAUGAGGGCUCCUGGUUCUACAUCCAGCCCUUCUACAAGCUGCGGUCCCUGGGAGACAGUGUGGUGAUUGGAGAUAAAGUAGUCCUUAACCCUGUGAAUGCUGGUCAGCCUCUACAUGCCAGCAGCCACCAGCUAGUUGACAACCCAGGAUGCAAUGAGGUUAAUUCUGUAAAUUGCAACACGAGUUGGAAAGUUGUUCUGUUCAUGAAAUGGAGUGACAACAAGGAAACGAUACUCAAAGGGGGCGAUGUAGUUCGGUUGUUCCAUGCAGAGCAGGAGAAGUUCCUCACUUGUGACGACCACAGGAAGAGCCAGCAUGUGUUUCUCAGAACAACCGGCCGGCAGUCUGCCACUUCUGCCACCAGCAGCAAAGCGCUGUGGGAAGUAGAGGUGGUCCACCAUGACCCAUGCAGGGGAGGCGCAGGAUACUGGAACAGCCUGUUCAGGUUCAAACACUUGGCCACAGGGUGGUAUUUGGCUGCUGAGAUGGGUGAGGUGACUCAAGACUUUGAGGAGGAGAGUGCGGAGCAGAGGUCCUCGGUGGUGGACUUUACACCCUUUAAUUUCCAGUUGGAUGCAGAUAAUGAAGCUUUACGAGGUCGUCUGCGAGCUCCACAGGAGAAGAUCAUGUACUCUUUAGUGCCAGUUCCCGACGGCAUGGACAUCUCCUCCAUCUUUGAGCUGGAUCCUACCACUCUGAGAGGCGGGGACUCUAUGGUGCCCAGGAGCUCCUAUGUGAGGCUAAGACACUUGUGCACCAACACGUGGGUUCACAGCACCAACAACCCCAUCGACAAAGAGGAGGAGAAGCCUGUUAUGUUGCGGAUUGGAACAUCUGCAGUAAAAGAGGACAAGGAAGCUUUUGCCAUUGUACCAGUGCCACCAGCAGAAGUGCGGGAUUUAGACUUUGCCAAUGAUGCGAGUAAAGUGCUGGCGUCCAUUGCUGGCAAGCUUGAAAAGGGCACCAUUACACAAAAUGAAAGAAGGUUUGUGACCAAGCUCCUGGAGGAUCUAGUUUUCUUUGUGGUAGACAUCCCCAACAGUGGGCAGGAUGUUUUGGAGAUCAUGGUGAACAAACCCAACAGAGAAAGGCAGAAACUCAUGAGAGAGCAGAACAUCCUGAAGCAGAUUUUCAAACUUCUCCAAGCUCCCUUCACAGACAGCGGCGAUGGUCCCAUGCUGCGACUGGAGGAGCUUGGAGACCAGCGCCACGCUCCGUUUAGACACAUUUGCAGGCUUUGCUACAGAGUGUUACGCCAUUCCCAGCAGGAUUACAGGAAGAAUCAGGAAUACAUAGCCAAACAAUUCCGUUUCAUGCAGAAGCAGAUAGGAUAUGAUGUGCUGGCAGAAGACACAAUAACUGCUCUGCUCCACAACAACCGGAAGCUGCUGGAGAAACACAUCACUGCUGCUGAGAUAGACACAUUUGUGACUCUAGUGAGGAAGAACCGGGAGCCGAGGUUUCUGGACUACCUCUCAGAUCUCUGCGUGUCCAUGCACAAGUCCAUCCCUGUGACACAGGAGCUCAUCUGCACUGCAGUGCUGGACCCCACCAACGGUGACAUCCUCAUCGAAACCAAAUUGGUCCUAUCGAGGUUUGAGAUUGAGGUGGCGACAAAUGGAGAGAGUCCAAUGGAGGCCGAAGAUGAAGAGGAGGUCUGGCUGUUCUGGAAAGACAAUAGUAAGGAGAUCCGAAGUAAGAGCGUCCGAGAGCUGGCUCAGGAUGCAAAGGAGGGCCAGAAGGACGACCAGGAGGUGGUCAGCUACUACAGGUGCCAGCUGAACCUCUUUGCCCGGAUGUGUCUGGACCGUCAGUACCUAGCCAUCAACAAGAUCUCCGGUCAGCUGGAUGUGGAUUUGAUCCUGCGAUGUAUGUCUGAUGAAGACCUGCCCUUUGACCUGCGGGCGUCUUUCUGCCGCCUGAUGCUGCACAUGCAUGUGGACCGUGACCCUCAGGAGCAGGUCACACCUGUCAAAUAUGCCCGUCUUUGGUCUGAGAUUCCCUCUCAGAUUGCUAUUGAUGACUACGACAACGAUGGAACCACCAGAGAUGAGAUCAAAGAGCGCUUCUGCCUCACAAUGGAAUUUGUGGAGAACUACCUGAGGGAGGUUGUGUCACAGAACAUUCCCUUCUCCGACAAGGAGAAAAACAAGCUUACCUUUGAGGUCGUGAACCUGGCAAGGAACCUCAUAUACUUUGGUUUCUACAACUUCAGCGACCUGCUUCGACUGACCAAGAUCUUACUGAACAUUUUAGACUGUGUCCAUGUCAACACCGUUUACCCCAUCAACAAGAUGCAGAAAGGAGAGGAAAACAAAGCUGGUAGUAAUGUGAUGAAGUCCAUCCAUGGAGUCGGGGAGCUGAUGACCCAGGUAGUGCUGAGAGGAGGUGGCUUGUUGCCCACCACACCAGCUCAUCAGCCAGAGGGGGAUGUGGUGAAACCAGAGAUUGAACCAGAGAGAGAAGACAUCAUGGUCAUGGACACCAAGCUCAAAGUCAUCGAGAUUCUACAGUUCAUUUUGAAUGAACGGCUGGACUACAGGAUCUCCUGCCUGCUUUGUAUUUUCAAACGUGAGUUUGAUGAGAACAACGCCCAAUCAGAAAACACUGCCAACGGAACCAAUAAUGUCGCAGGUCAGAUGCCAGGAGCCGGGGUGGCAGCUGACAGCCAGGGAAAGGAGAGAAAAGAAAAAACGCAGAAUAAUCAGAAAGGAGCCUCCCUCCCCCUCCCUCCCUUCGCAUGCCACCAUGUUGAAUCUGUAAAAUACGAGAGUGGACCUAAACCUGCUGUGCUGAACAUGACUGACAGCUGCAGGAUCAGCAGAGAUCCCAGGAGGCUUAAUGACUCUGUAGUGGGACACAGGUCGUUCUACCAACGUUUAACGGGGGACAACAAGUCCGAAAAAUUCUUCAAGGUGUUCUAUGAGCGCAUGAAGUUGGCCCAGCAGGAGAUCAAAGCCACUGUGACGGUCAACACUAGUGACCUGGGCUGCAAGAAGAAGGAUGAAGAACCGCCAGACAAAGACACGCCAGCCCGCAAUAAAGUCAAAGACGUGCCGGUGGUGGCAGUGGUGACCGAGGAGGUGAAGGAGCAGCUCGUGGAGGCCUCCGUGGUCACCAAGAAGGCCUUCACCACCUACCGCCGCGAGGCCGAGGCCGAAGAGCACCAAGCGGCCGCCGACGGCACUCCUGUCCCGACUGCCGAUAAGAGCCAGGAGGAAGGCGAGAUGAGCGUCAUCAUCACCAUCAUGCAGCCCAUCCUGCGCCUUAUGCAGCUGCUCUGUGAGAACCACAACAGAGAACUGCAGAACUUUCUGCGCAACCAGAAUAACAAGAACAACUAUAAUCUGGUGUGCGAGACUCUUCAGUUCCUGGACUGUAUCUGUGGCAGCACCACAGGCGGACUGGGGCUGCUGGGACUCUACAUCAAUGAGAAGAACGUAGGACUCAUCAACCAGACUGUGGAGAGCCUGACUGAGUACUGCCAAGGCCCCUGUCAUGAGAACCAGAACUGCAUUGCCACUCAUGAAUGCAAUGGCAUUGACAUCAUCAUCGCUCUCAUCCUCAAUGACAUCAACCCCCUUGGCAAGAAGAGGAUGGAUCUGGUUCUGGAGCUCAAAAAUAAUGCAUCCAAGCUUCUUCUUGCAAUUAUGGAGAGUCGCCAUGACAGCGAGAACGCAGAGAGGAUACUGUACAACAUGAGGCCUAAAGAGCUGGUGGAAGUGAUCAAAAAGGCCUACAUGCAGGGUGAGAUAGAGGUGGAGGAGCCGCAGGAGGGUGAAGAUGGAGAGGAGGAGCACUCGGCGUCCCCACGCAACGUCGGUCAUAAUAUCUACAUCUUGGCACAUCAAUUAGCCCGUCACAACAAGGAACUGCAGGCUAUGCUGAAGCCAGGGGGGACAUAUGGAGAGGGGGACGAGGCCCUGGAGUUUUAUGCCAAACACACAGCUCAGAUUGAGAUUGUACGGCUGGAUCGCACCAUGGAGCAGAUAGUCUUCCCUGUGCCCAACAUCUGCGAGUUCCUCACCCAAGAGUCCAAGCUGCGCGUCUACUACAGCACGGAGCGCGAUGAGCAAGGCAGUAAGAUCAAUGACUUUUUCCUGCGCUCCGAGGACCUCUUCAAUGAGAUGAAUUGGCAGAAGAAGCUGCGAGGUACCCAAGAGGCUACUGGUGACACAAACACGGUUCCCUCUCAGCCCAUCCUGUACUGGUGCUCCAGGAACAUGUCCUUCUGGAGCAGCAUCUCCUUCAACCUGGCUGUGCUCAUGAACCUGCUCGUGGCCUUCUUCUACCCUCUGGAGGGUGUCCAGAGAGGUACCCUGGAGCCCCAUCUGUCCGCCCUGCUGUGGAUGGCCAUGCUGGUUUCUCUGGCUAUAGUCAUCGUCUUGCCUCAACCUCACGGCAUCCGGGCGCUCAUUGCUUCCACCAUCCUGCGCCUAAUCUUCUCUGUAGGCCUGGAGCCCACGUUGCUCCUGCUGGGGGGUUUCAAUUUAUGUAACAAGAUGAUCUUCCUGACGAGCUACGUUGGGAACCGCGGAACCUUCACACGUGGCUACAUAGCCAUGAUCAUGGAUGUGGAGUUCCUGUACCACCUGCUCUACCUGAUUAUCUGCAGCCUGGGGGUCUUCGUUCAUGUCUUCUUUUACAGCCUACUGCUCUUCGAUCUGGUUUACCGAGAAGAGACCUUGCUGAACGUAAUAAAGAGUGUGACUCGCAAUGGCCGCUCCAUUGUCCUGACAGCCGUGCUGGCUCUUAUCCUCGUCUACCUCUUCUCCAUUGUGGGCUAUAUCUUCUUCAAAGACGACUUCAUUUUGGCUGUCGACAGGAUACCCAACAAAACGCUAGAGCAUGGAGCCAGUAUGGUGGGAGAGUUCUUCUCUGGUGGAGUGUGCCAGAAGGAGAAUGGGGAGAACUGUUCAACAGAGGCCGUGAUGGAUGCUACCGUUGCCAUCCAGCCGUCGGCGGUGGUCAUCGAGGACAAGGAGCGAUCAUGUGACUCCCUGCUCAUGUGCAUCGUCACAGUUUUGAGUCACGGUCUCAGGAGUGGAGGAGGUGUCGGGGACGUCCUGAGGAAGCCAUCGAAAGAGGAACCCCUUUUCGCAGCCAGGGUGAUCUACGACCUGCUCUUCUUCUUCAUGGUCAUCAUUAUUGUCCUCAAUCUCAUCUUUGGUGUCAUCAUCGACACAUUUGCUGACCUGAGGAGUGAGAAGCAGAAAAAAGAGGAAAUCCUGAAGACGACGUGUUUCAUUUGCGGUUUGGAGAGAGACAAGUUUGACAAUAAGACGGUGACCUUUGAAGAACACAUCAAAGUCGAGCACAACAUGUGGCACUACUUGUUCUUCAUUGUCCUGGUGAAGGUGAAGGACUCCACAGAGUACACUGGCCCAGAGAGCUACGUGGCUGAAAUGAUCAGGGAUCACAACUUGGACUGGUUCCCACGGAUGCGGGCCAUGUCCUUGGUCAGCAGCGAUGCAGACGGGGAGCAGAAUGAGAUCAGAAGCCUGCAGGAGAAACUGGAGUCCACCAUGAAGCUGGUGUCCAACCUGUCGGGCCAGUUGACGGAGCUCAAAGAACAGAUGACAGAGCAGAGGAAGCAGAAGCAGCGGAUUGGCCUGUUGGGACACCCGCAGCACAUGAACGUCAACCCCCAGCAGCCCGCAUAAGGUCAAGUGACACGGCGCUGAAUCUGCUCACUGCAUCGGCUCUCAGCGACUGCACAUAAUGUAUACUGCACUGAGUGUAAUUUAUAACGGUAGGGAAACACUGUACCAUAGGUAGUCAUAAGGCGAUGUGUAGCUCUACGCACAUGUUACUCCACACAGUAACACUCACCCACCUCGUUCUGUUCAGUCCAGUUGGAAACGGUGCCAAAUGUUUUCUACGUAGAAAUAAAUUGGAUUUCUCAACACAUGGCCUUUACUGGUUGAACUUGAAAACACGAUAUAGCUCGACUGGACAGGAGGAAUUAGUCGCAUUUAUGUUUUUUAUUUUAUUUUAAUGAUUUCUAUUCAUAUUCAAACAGUAUUAAAUGUCUUAUUUUUGUAUGUUGUGCAAUAUAUUAACUUAAAUAUGCAACCUCCGUGGUGUGUGGAUUUAAGUCUCAUCAAUCAUGUGUUAUUUAAAAGCGUGGGCCAAUUUUUUGUUUGUACUUUAUUGUCUCUGGAUAAAAUAAGGAGUAGUUGGUUGUCUUUACUUACGCAAAUAUAGAGAUAAUAUUUAAUAAGCUGGCCUCUUCAAUUGUUUUCUUUAUUGAAAAAUGUGCAUACUUCUUGAGUGUCAACCGCACUCAAUAGAGAUAGUAUAUUGUGUGACAGCAAUAUAUACAUAGUUAUCUUUCACAUGUGUAAAUCCAGCGGUGACAUAUCUCAAUGCUAACUUAUUUCAUGAUAGAUUUGCUUUCUUACUUAAUUGAAAAGGACAUUUAGAAUGUUUGACUUGUCGGUCAAUUGUACUGUGUAAUUGAUUCAGUAUCACUCAUGCUAUUACAAUUCGCUCAGGAGUCUUUUACUGUAAUAAACGUCAUUAGCGUAAUUUCCUGUUUCGCAGCAAACAUGUUCCAUUUGUGCCUGUUUUCUGACAUGUUUGCUGCUGGUGCAGAAUCGCUGACUUUUCUGUUUGUUUUCACUCAAAUGUAUUGGUUAGUUUUCAUGCUACCGUUAGAAUGAUCUCCUUUUUGGAUGACUGUGUGUACAUAAAGUUUGUUGCUUAUCUUUGCUUUUGUAUAGAAGAAUGAGUUGGAGAAAAACAACUGAAUGAUAAGAUUAACUAAAAAUCUAAGCACUGUCAAUUUGUAUAUUAAAGUAGAAUUAUUUAUUAAAAUUGAUGUAAUUAUCCUUCAA